AAUACCAAUUUCUGCUUGUUUGUGGCUUCUCUGAUUUUGCUUCGAUUGAUAACUAAAUAUUUGAUUGUAAAAUGGGUGAGAAUGUUCAGGGGACCUUCACGUCCGAGAAAAUCUCGAAAAUUCGGUGGCGCAGGGAGGAUUUCACUGAGGCCAAGUCCUUUGUCACCGGCAGUUGGGACAAUCCUAUCAAUAAUAUCGUUCAUUGGACAUUUGAAACUUCCGAGGAUGAUGAGACGUACCCAGUAGUGGAUUCCACGUUCUCUUUUCAAGGGGAUGUAACAGAAAUUGAGUUCAUAGACAAAAAUGCAUUCGUGGCUUCUUCCUCCAUCGGUUCAGUGAAACUCCUAGGAAUAAAUGAAGCUCCUUACGGUGAAUUCAGGGAGCUCAUGUCCUGGGAGUUUAUCCACCAGUUCAGCACUGGUGACCACGCGCCGUGCACGGCAUUGACGACAUUCAAUCAGGACAUUGCGACUGUGGGAGAGGACGGAAGGAUAAAUCUCCUGACAGCCCAGGAGAGGAAGCCUGUGAGGACUAUAGAGAAUGCCGACAGUUGUUCCCUAGUCUGCAUCGAUUUCCUGAGACACAAUGAGAUCCUCACGAGUAAUAGCAGAGGCCAUAUGAAGUUGUGGGACUUGAGGAAUGAUCGAGAUACACCAGCCACCACUUUCAUGCUGCCAGAUCAAUUGAAGACCGAGGCAACGGAUAUUGCUCACCACCCAACCCAGAGGCACAUCGUGGCAGCAGGUGGUGGUGAUGGUAGUUUGAGCGUCUGGGACCUUCGCCAAAGCACAUACCCCAUCUCUCAACUCCUCGCGCACUCACGAGCUAUCGCAGAAGUGAUGUUCCACCCAGAUCGACCGGACAAUCUAUUCACGUGUUCUGUUAAUGGGGAAUUGUGGCAUUGGAAUGACACCCAAGGAUCAAAACUAAAGCUGGAGGGCGGCGAGAGCCACUGGCUGACGACCAGAGGAAUUGACGGGAAAAUGAAUGUCUCAGCUUUGUGUGCACCAAUGCACAAACCCGUAAACAGUAUCGACAUCGACAGGUCAACAUUACUAUUCGGUUGUGAUAACGAAGCUAUGGACGAUGGAUCGGACACCGCAUCCUCCUCGUCCGCCCUGACGCCGUCGCUCGCCUCCUCCAAAGCCCCGUCCCAACUGAACCCCUACACGCACCUCCCGUACACCCCGCGUUACUACGAAUUCCUGAAAAAGCGUAUAACCCUCCCCGUAUUCGAGUACCGGGCGGACUUUAUGCGCCUGCUAGCCCAGCACCAGUGCAUAGUCCUGGUGGGUGAGACCGGCUCCGGGAAAACGACGCAGAUACCCCAGUGGUGCGUCGAGUACUCGAUGUCGAUGGGCGCAAAAGGUGUUGCAUGCACCCAGCCCCGACGAGUUGCAGCCAUGUCAGUGGCCCAACGAGUCUCCGAGGAGAUGGACGUACCCCUGGGCGAGCAGGUGGGCUACAGCAUUCGUUUCGAGGACUGCAGUUCCCCGAAGACAGUUCUCAAAUACAUGACCGAUGGUAUGCUGCUGCGCGAGGGCAUGUCCGACCCAAUGCUGGAGGCCUACCAGGUGAUUCUCCUCGACGAGGCUCACGAGAGGACUCUAGCCACUGACUUGCUGAUGGGAGUGCUGAAGGAAGUGAUAAAACAGCGCUCAGACCUGAAGCUCGUCAUCAUGUCGGCGACCUUGGACGCUGGAAAAUUCCAGCAGUACUUCGACAAUGCGCCACUGAUGAAUGUCCCUGGACGAACGCAUCCGGUGGAGAUAUUCUACACGCCGGAGCCGGAGAGGGACUACCUGGAGGCUGCCAUCAGGACUGUCAUUCAGAUCCACAUGUGCGAGGACGUCCCCGGGGAUCUGCUGCUGUUUCUCACUGGUCAGGAGGAGAUCGAGGAGGCGUGCAAGAGGAUCAAGAGGGAAAUGGAUAAUUUGGGGCCCGAGGUGGGGGAGCUCAAGUGCAUUCCCCUGUACUCAACGCUUCCCCCAAACCUUCAGCAGAGGAUAUUCGAGGCUGCACCGCCGAAUAAGGCUAAUGGGGCCAUCGGGAGGAAGGUCGUGGUCUCCACUAAUAUCGCUGAGACCUCCCUGACAAUCGAUGGAGUUGUCUUUGUCAUUGAUCCGGGCUUCGCCAAGCAGAAGGUCUACAAUCCCAGGAUCAGGGUGGAGUCGCUGCUGGUGUCGCCAAUCAGCAAGGCGUCGGCACAGCAGAGGGCUGGACGGGCCGGCAGAACGAGACCCGGCAAGUGCUUCAGGCUGUACACUGAAAAGGCGUACAAAAAUGAAAUGCAGGAUAACACUUAUCCUGAGAUACUCAGGUCUAAUUUGGGGAGUGUCGUCUUGCAGCUGAAGAAACUGGGGAUCGACGAUCUCGUUCAUUUUGAUUUCAUGGAUCCACCGGCACCUGAGACACUCAUGAGGGCUCUGGAGCUGCUCAAUUAUCUUGCUGCUCUCGAUGAUGAUGGCAAUUUGACCGACCUGGGGGCUGUCAUGGCUGAGUUCCCGCUCGAUCCGCAACUCGCGAAGAUGUUGAUUGCUUCGUGCAAUCAUAAUUGCAGUAAUGAGAUUCUCAGCAUCACUGCUAUGUUAUCAGUCCCACAGUGUUUUGUGAGGCCAAAUGAAGCUAAAAAGGCUGCUGACGAUGCUAAAAUGAAAUUCGCACAUAUUGAUGGAGAUCAUCUGACCCUGCUUAACGUUUAUCACGCCUUUAAACAGAACAUGGAAGAUCCCCAGUGGUGCUACGAUCACUUCGUCAACUACAGAUCCCUGAAAAGUGGUGACAAUGUUCGACAACAGUUGAGCAGAAUCAUGGACAGAUUCUCGUUGAAGAGAACCUCCACAGACUUCACGUCGAAGGACUAUUACAUCAACAUUCGAAAAGCUCUUGUCGAUGGAUUCUUCAUGCAAGUGGCUCAUCUGGAGAGGACUGGACACUAUUUGACCAUAAAGGACAAUCAAAUUGUACAACUGCAUCCUAGCAGUUGUCUAGAUCACAAACCAGAGUGGGUGAUAUACAAUGAAUUCGUCCUCACGACGAAGAAUUAUAUUAGAACUGUUACUGAUAUAAAACCUGAAUGGCUAUUGAAAAUAGCCCCGCAGUACUACGACCUACAGAAUUUCCCUCAGUGCGAGGCAAAGAGACAAUUGGAGGUGAUCCAAGCAAGAUUAGAUUCAAAACAGUAUCAAGAAGGCUUCUAACCACGAGUCCCUCUAGAAAACUGUAAAAAACAUUUCAAUGAAGAAGACAUUCACGACUAUCAUUUGGGUCCACUGCAUACCAACGUCGAUUUAAUGUUUAAUUUUAUUGAACUUUCUCUCGUCAAAAUUUAUUGAAAAAAAUUCAUAACGACACGAUGGGAAGAAAUGGAAUUGUUACUUUAUACAAUUGGUGAUGAAAGUCGAUCACGUGUAUCAAGGCAGAGAGAAUAGAUUAAUUUUUGUAUCGCCUUUUAAAAAGUCAUUGCUAACAACAAUGAAAAUAGUAUCAAAUCACUCAUCUAUUGACAGCCCGAUUAUAUUAAUCCACUGAUUUAAUUUUCUUGUCAGAUGCAUGUCGUUGGUCAAUUAGUAUUUCCCGCAUUUCUCGUUACAUUAUUUCGUAAUAUUUAUUGUAUUAUGAAAUCACUUGUCGCAGAUUUGAGAGGAAUAGGGAUAGACUCGUAGACGUAAUGAAAAUGAAUUUUACUUUUAUCGUGAGUCUAUUUUAGUUCAGCCGAAUGGAAGAAAACAAAUGAAAUCAUAUGCAAACGUUAAUCAAAAAUCUCAGUCUGACACCGGCAUAAUACUUAGUGUUAACAGCCAAUUAAGAAUUCAUGUAUUUAAUUAAUCGAUAUGGAACACAUGUCUUAUUCAACAGUUUUCUCAUAUUUUCUCGUUUGUAACACUAAACUAGCUGAGAAGAAGGGAUGAGGUACAUGGAUAUUUUCGUCACGUGCGAGUACACAGUUUAAGUUUUGUAAAUAAAUAAUCAUCAGACUCAAAUGUCUGGUGGGAAUGGUAUUUCAUUAUUGUACGAAUUCAUUCCAAUAAAAAAAGACAGCAAA